GUUCCGGUGUGGAAGAGGAGGAGGAGGAGGAGGAGGAGAAGGGAGCCUGCCAGUCUGCCUAUCCGUGAGGGGCGCCAUCCAGUCGGGCCUGAGCCAUGGGGAGGCGGUGGCGGCGCGAGGGCGAGGGGCAGCCGGAGGAGCCGCGGCCCUGAGCGGGAGCCAGGGCCAAGGCAGGCGCGGCUGCAGUGGCCUCGCUAGGCCCCAGGAGCCCCGGAGCGGGACGGGCAGCAGCGGCGGCGAGGCGGGCCUGGCCCAGCCAUGGACAACCAGUGCACUGUCCAAGUGAAGCUGGAGCUGGGGCACCGUGCCCAGCUGCGCAAGAAGCCAACCACCGAAGGGUUCACCCACGACUGGAUGGUCUUUGUGCGUGGGCCGGAGCAGUUUGAGAUCCAGCACUUUGUGGAGAAGGUAGUCUUCCGGCUGCACCAGAGCUUCCCAAAGCCAAAACGAGUCUGCAAAGAACCGCCUUACAAGGUGGAAGAGUCCGGCUACGCUGGCUUCAUUAUGCCCAUUGAGGUCUACUUCAUAAACAAGGAGGAGCCGAAGAAGGUCUGUUUCACCUACGACCUUUUCCUGAACCUGGAGGGAAACCCACCCGUCAACCACUUGCGCUGUGAAAAGCUCACCUUCAACAACCCCACCAAGGAUUUCCAACGCAAACUCAUCAAGGCUGGAGGGGUGAUGGUGAUGCCAGAAGGUGCAGAAACGGUGUCCCGGCCCAGUCCUGACUACCCCAUGUUACCCACAAUCCCUCUCUCUGCCUUUUCUGAUCCUAAGAAGACCAAACCAUCCCAUGGGUCGAAGAAAGCGAACCGAGAUGGCGGCAAGGCUUCCAAGCCCCACAAGGUCACCCGGGAACAUCGUGAGAGGCCCAGGAAAGAGAUGGAGGGUAAGAACUCUUCUCGGGACUUGGAGAGGGAACCGGGCAAGCCACCCAAGGAUGCCUCCAGGAAGCCCUCCGAGAACAAAGCCCCCAAGGAGGAGAAGCCUCUCCCGAAAGCGGCCUUCAAGGAACCCAAGCUGGCCCUGAAGGAACCCAAGCUGGAGAAUGCCUCCCCCAAAGGCAGUGGUGGCGGUGGAGGAGGGGGGCCCCCGCAGCCAGAUGUCAAGCCCCCUAGCAAGAGGCCCCCCACGGUGGAGUCUCCCAAGCCCAGUGCCAAAAAGCCCAAGAAGAGCAGCUCCAAAGCUGCCAAGACUGUCCCUGCCACCUCUCCUCGAGCCUCAUACGCUGAGAAGAAGCCAGGCAAGGAGAAGCCCGGAGCUAAAGUGGAGAAGGCCAAGCCAGAGACUGAGUCUAAAGCCCUCAAGAAGCCUCCUGAGGUGGUGGAGGAGUCCAAUUCGGAAGAGGAUGCCUCUCUGAAAUCAGAGUCUGCCCCAUCUAGUCCUUCCAACUCCAGCUCCAGCUCGGACUCCAGCUCAGACUCUGAUUUCGAGCCCUCUCAGAACCACAGCCAAGGGCCACUCCGCUCCAUGGUCGAGGACCUACAGUCAGAGGAGUCCGAUGAUGAUGACAGCUCUUCUGGGGAGGAGAUGGCUGUCAAAGCCACCCCCGUCAGCCGGGAUGCUCGACUCAGCCACAGUGACAGCGACAGUGACAACAGUGCAGACUCAUGCCUUCCGAGUCGAGAGACGCUUCCCAGCCAGAAACUGCCCCCUUCCAAUAACAAGGUAUCUGGAAGAAAGAGUCCAGAGUCUUGCAGCAAGCCGGAGAAGAUGUUGAAGAAAGGAACCUAUGACAAGGCCUACACGGAUGAGCUGGUGGAGCUCCACCGAAGACUGAUGGCCUUACGGGAGCGGAACGUUCUUCAGCAGAUUGUCAACCUCAUUGAGGAGACAGGGCAUUUCAAUGUCACCAACACUACCUUCGACUUUGACUUGUUCUCCUUGGAUGAGACCACCGUCCGCAAGCUGCAGAGUUACCUGGAAGCGGUGGCCACGUGACCGUCGGUCUUGGAUAUGGGACCUUCUUUUUUUAAAAAAAUGAGACAAAAACACAACAGCCACACCACACACUCGUCAGGAUUCCCAUCCCUUUGGCACCAGAAAAUGGACCCAUGGGCCUUGGGCACCACCUUACUCUCCUGAUCCACCCAAAGCACUGCCGUAGGGGCCAGCCACGCUCUCGCCACACACUGAUGCUGCCAGCUUCUCCUUUUGGGCUCCAGCCAGUCGCUUGACUGGGAGAUCCACUGUUCCCUUUCUUGGAGACUGGUCGAGUCUGGUCCUGGUUGCACUCCCAGGUUCUUCUUGGUUCAGUUGCUCAUGCUUUUAAACAAAAGACAAGUCUCAGCUUUCUGGUUUUAGAAGAGGACUCUCCACAAGUGUGUGUACAUGUCUGUCUUUCUAAGCACAUGAUGCCGAGGCCUUCCCUUCAGCAGAGGAUCCAUGUGGACGUUCUGAUGGAUGUGAUCAGCCUGUCUGUAAGGUGUGGGUCUCCCCCACUGUCUGUGCUUCUUUCACCCCCCAAAGCUUCGCAGAGGGGUAUUCCCCUACCUACCAUUGGUGAGACUGAACCACAUGAUUGGGCAGAGACGUUCGUCCUGAAUGCUAGGAACAGGGGGACAUAUCCACGGGGCCGACGUUAUUCAGCAGCUGCUUUCUUGUCCAAAAAUCUUCCCAGGGCAAGGAUGGUCCAUGCUUGGAGCACAGGAUGGCAGGCACAUGGACUCAAUUUCUGCAGGUGCCUCGCACUCCCACAGGCGCACCUGCAGCCAUCUUGCACUUGAGGCUUUCAAGACAGCUCUGGAUUCAGGUCCUGAAAGCCGCCCUCUUUGUCCUCCCCCCUCUUUUUUUCAUUUUGAUCUGCUUUAAUUGUAAGGACUACGUUAUUGUAUGCUGUCUAUAUAUAUAUAUA